GCUGAACACACAUUAAUUCAUUACCAUUAUCUAAUUACUUUUACAUUCACUGCUCAUUAACAUAUUUAAAAAAUAAAUGAAUGAAGUGUUAAUUCCGGAGCGUUGGGAUUUGAUGAGAUGCCUGAGUGAUUAAGGAUUUUCCCAGGAAAGCGUUAAAGGUUCUAUAAAAGCUGAAACAAUAGACUGAAAUUCUUCAAUAUUGUUUUGCAGUUUAUCGACUGAAGUGCUUGUGAAUUAUUAUACUUUGCUGGAGUGAACUGAUUACAAGUGGAGAUUGGAUUUCUGAGAGAAUGCUGACACCUGCUGUGAAAGAGGUGGGCUCCGGCUACACAGCGACAUUCCUAUCGCUGUUGUUUGGCGUGGCUGUAGCGCUGGUUGCCUACUACCGCAUGAGCCGGCGCAGACUCUAUCAGCUGGCAGCUGAUAUUCCGGGUCCUACCGGAUAUCCCCUCCUGGGCAACGCUUUGGAGUUCGUUGGUAGUCCCAAUGAUGUGUUUACAAGAAUCGUGAACAAGGGAGACACGUACAAGAAUAUGUUACGCAUGUGGAUAGGUCCUCGCUUGCUAGUCUUCAUCUACAAACCAGAUGAUGUCGAGGUCCUUCUGAGCAGCAGUCAGCACAUCAACAAAGGCCAGGACUACGACUUCUUCCGGCCUUGGUUGGGCAAUGGUCUCCUGAUCAGCGGAGGCGACACCUGGCGGCGACAUCGCAAACUGAUUGCUCCCACCUUCCACCUCAACAUCCUCAAGUCGUUCAUCGACCUGUUCAACGCCAACAGUCGAAUGCUCGUCACCCGGCUCAAGAAAGAGAGCGCCACUCGCAGAGAGUUCGACGUGCACGACUACAUGAGCGAGUGCACUGUUGAGACGCUCUUGGAAACUGUGAUGGGACUAGACAAGACAACCCAAAAUGAGACCAGUGGCUAUGACUAUGCAAUGGCUGUCAUGAAGGUUUGCGAUAUUUUGCACCUGCGACAUACCAAGAUGUGGCUGAGACCUGAUUUCAUAUUUAACAUGACUAAACACAGCAAGGAGCAGGAUUUGCAUCUUAAUACAAUACACUCACUGACAACAAACGUCAUGAAUAAGAAAAAGGAAAACUAUUUCCAGUCGAAGAACAGUAUCAACGGUUCGGCGCAGAAGGAAAAGACAGUAGUGGAAACGAAUAAUGCGAAAAACAAAACUGAAACAAAAAAGAAAACUGAUGCUAAAAAUGGUGAGGAGAGCAAAUUUUCCUACGGACAGGCUGCAGGAUUGAAAGAUGAUUUGGAUGUUGAUGAUGUAGAUUUUGUUUUGGGCGAGAAAAAGAGAAUGGCAUUCUUGGAUCUGAUGAUUCAAAGUUCGCAAGACGGAAAUCUGAUAACAGACAAGGAGAUAAAGGAGCAAGUGGAUACAAUUAUGUUUGAGGGUCAUGAUACAACGGCCGCAGCUACAAGCUUUUUCAUGUGCUUGAUGGGAUGUCGUCCUGAUAUACAGGAAAAAUGCCUGCAAGAAGUAGAUUCGCUAUUUGGGGACUCAGACAGGUACAUCACUUUUGAAGACACCCUGGAACUGAAGUACUUGGAAAGAUGCAUCAUGGAGACACUGAGACUGUUCCCCCCUGUACCCCUAAUCAGUCGACAGCUAGAAGAGGAGAUGAGACUCAGCUCGUGUGACGUGGUGAUACCAAAGAAGACCACCGUGGUGGUGGGCACUUACCGGAUCCACAGACGCGAGGAUAUCUAUCCGAAUCCGGAUCACUUUGAUCCGGACAACUUCCUUCCGGAGAGGUCCGCCAACAGACACUACUACUCUUUCAUUCCGUUUAGUGCCGGACCUCGCAGUUGUGUUGGUAGGAAAUAUGCCAUGCUGAAACUGAAGGUGAUCCUAGCCACAGUUUUGAGAUAUUACAAGGUACUCCCUGGACUCCAUUACGACAAAUGGAAGCUGCAGGCCGACAUCAUUCUCAAGAGAACUGAUGGCUUCAUGUGUCGCAUCGAGUCACGUCGCGAUUAUAAUGCUAAGAAAUGAAUAAAAAUUAAACUAAAUGAAUAAACUAAAAAUCAAAUUAAACUAAAAUGAUAUGCGAACCCCUUCUUGCAUACCUUAUAGCUCGUGUAUACAUUAAUAUUUCCUUUAAGUCAUGUCAAAUGAAACAUUAAUCUAAAACUAUAGAAAAUAGCUAGUAGCCUACCCUUGUUAAUUUUCAAAUUAAACACGACUAAAUUUCAAAUUUCAUGUCAUUUUCAAGUGUAUUUUUUCAAAAAAUGGAAUAAGCAUUAAGAAGGACACUUGAGAAUGACAUAGAUGUCGAAACUAGUCCUGUUAAAUCUGAAAAUAUUACAAAGGUACUGUACUAGUUAUUUUUUAUAAUUAUUAAACAUCUACUUAGCCCUAUUAUAAUACUUUAUUAUCAAUAUAAAUCAUAUACAAGCUCGUCUUUAUGUCCAUGAUAUCCUUCAUAUAAUGUUCCUAGUUAUUUCCUAUAUAUUUUAUAGAAAUUAAUAAUAAUUGAGUUUAUAAAUAUUAAGUCACUUGAUAUUUUUUAUUGGGAUCGAUGAUUCAAUUGGACAAUGAGAAGAUAUAUUUUCAUGAUAAAACACUAAAAUAUUGUCAUAAUAUUAUAACGAAUUUAUAAAAAAGUUACAAAAUGCAUAUAGUUACUGUAUUUUCAGAAAAAUCGCAUUCAACAUUUAUUGGAGUUUUCUGAAAACCUAUCAAUUUAUUUCUAAAACAAUUUCUACAAAACAUUAUCAGGAUAUGGGCCUGAUAAUAAAUUGUUAAAAAAUUGUUUAAUUAACACAAAAAAUUGUUGAUAGAUUAAGUUUGUCCGUUUGCCUUAGUUAUAAGUUAUUGUUGAUAUUAUAACUUGUUUUUUGUUCCAACUUUUAUUCAUCACUAAUGUUUUCUCUGUGUUUUUCGUCAAUAAAUAUUGCUGAUCUCCAGUGACUGUUAAAUUUCUUACUAAUAAACGUUUGGAGUUUUGUUGAUAACUUUUAUAUUUUCAAAUACAGUACAACUGAUCUGUUUCUUUGUCACAUUCGUUAUUAUCUUAUUUGUUAUACUGGACUUUUGUUUCUUAUAAUAAAGUUCUCAGUAGUUAA